CUGUUUUCUUCAAAACGCCGAAAUAUCAAAGCGGAACUAUAUUUCAGUUCGUUGUAGUUUUCCUUCCGGUCAGGAUUUAUAGGGACGCUCGUUAUAUGACCUGAGAGAAUCACGCCUGUUAAGAAACCCUGAAGAUGUCAAAAGUCUGCUUUCGUUUAUCACGGUUUUCUUUAGGUCACAAUGUUUUUACAAGAAGAACACAUGCGAAUUUAAGACCAUGCACCACAAGGAUGCUGUCCUUAACAUCACAGCUUAACGCAAAGUCCAGAAAACCUCCAGAUGAAGAAGCAUUCAAGCCCAUCCAGUUCUCAAGCAGUAAAGCCAGCCACCGAACCUGGAAAGUGGACCGUUCGAUGGGCAGCACCUACCAGAGGCCCUGGUGGAAAGUUCUGCCCAUCAGCCUCAUUGGAAUGGGCUUCAUCGUCUGGUGCGUUUUCAGGAGAGAGUCAGAGAUCGAUGGGUCUCUGGAGAAAAACCUCUAUGAACAUUUACCAGGACUGCUGUCUGAUGAAGAACAGGAUGAAGUCGGCAAAAACAAACCCUCAUAGUGGCUUAAAAGGGACAUUUUCAAUUUGGAGUGUUUAUUUAUUGUUUAAUGAUGCCUUCAGAAGAAAAAGGUCUUCUCCAAACUGAGAAUUAUCAAAUAGACCAUCCACAUUCUGUGCUCUUGAAACUGGAUCAUCUGUAGCUGCAUUUAUAUUGAAGAUUGUAAAACAAGUAGCGUUGUAUUGAAAGCAUAAAGGAGAAAAGGCUGAAUUGUAAUUGUGGUGUGACUGCUAGUUUAAUGUAAUCAGGGAACCAUUAUCGAACACUUAAAGUCAACAUUAAAAACUUCAGCUGCAAAAUAAACUAAUUUUAGCAUUAUAUAACCAAAGUGGGCAUGUGUAAAUUACUUGAUAUGGUUUACAAACCAUAGAAAGUGAAACCAAAUUAAAUUUUUCAAAGCAUGACCUGUGUAACAAGUCAAUCUAAAAACAGGUUAAUUUUGAUCUGCUCAAAGGUUCUCAAAAAGGUUUGCUUUUGUCAUUUAUACGGAGACAAAUGUUUGUUUAAAUUAACUUGCUACUACCAUCUGUCACUAAAGCAGCACUAUU